GAGGUCGAAAUUAUUAUCGUGGAUGAAAAAAAAUGGCGACGGCUUUGUCCAACACGACCACGAGCUCUAACCUCUACCACCACUCAAUUCUCUCGCCGUUCUCACCGCCAUUUCACUUUCGCCGUCGACAUAUCUUCUUACUCGCGACUCGUCGCCGCUUACGCCGCCUCACCAUCGUUGGUGGCUCUCCAUCUCCAUCUCCUCCGAGUCCUGAUCCGCCUCCGCCUGAGAACACCACUCAGCUUGAAGGUCUUGUAGGAGCUGUGACAAGGGUUCAAGACCGUGUAAAGAUCUUCCUCGCAGUGCUAUUUUGGAUGUCUCUCUUCUUUUGGGUUACGGUGACCGAUGGGAGAGGUAAAGGAAAAGGGAAGAAGGGCUCACGUUUCAAAUAGUCUUCCCAAGUUUGGUGAUUGAAUAUCAUCUACUACGCUGUAUAUAUAGAUAUAUGUCUGUUAUGUCCAGAGAGAUCAAAACCACCUGUAGAAACUCAGAGCAUAUUUCUUGUAGAUCAGUUGUUCAGGUGAUAGUAUACAAUAAUACAUGAUAAGAUGAUUCUCUCGUCUUAUCUUCUUGGAAACGCUAAUCUCAUAUAGUCAUCAUCCCUCUUUACAGUCACCAGAUCAAAUUAUGCACAAACUGGUGAGAGCUGAAACAGUAUAAUUUACUGAGAGAAGUUUGGUCAUUUUGUUCUUAUGAGAGCUGAAACAGUAUAAUGAUGUCAA